UCCGUCGCCGUCCGCCCGCGCGCAGGCCGCACCAUGGGGAAGCGGGACAACCGCGUGGCCUACAUGAACCCAAUAGCAAUGGCCCGAUCAAGAGGUCCAAUCCAGUCUUCAGGGCCAACAAUCCAGGAUUAUCUGAAUCGACCAAGGCCUACCUGGGAAGAAGUGAAAGAGCAACUAGAAAAGAAAAAGAAAGGCUCCAAAGCUUUGGCUGAAUUUGAAGAAAAAAUGAAUGAGAACUGGAAGAAAGAACUAGAAAAACACAGGGAGAAAUUGUUAAGUGGAAGUGAGAGCUCAUCCAAAAAAAGACAGAGAAAGAAAAAAGAAAAGAAGAAAUCUGGUAGGUAUUCCUCUUCUUCAUCAAGCUCUGAUUCUUCCAGCAGUUCUUCUGAUUCUGAAGAUGAGGAGAAGAAGCAAGGAAAACGGAGAAAAAAAAAGAAGAACCGUUCACAUAAAUCUUCUGAAAGCUCUGUGUCAGAAACUGAAUCAGACAGUAAGGGUAGUUUAAAAAAGAAAAAGAAGUCAAAGGAUGCAUCUGAAAAAGAAAAGGACAUUAAAGGUCUCAGCAAAAAAAGAAAGAUGUAUCCUGAAGAUAAACCUUUGUCAUCUGAGUCUUUAUCAGAAGCGGAGUAUAUUGAGGAGAUACGAGCAAAAAAGAAGAAAAGCAGUGAAGAACGAGAAAAAGCAACAGAAAAAACAAAAAAGAAAAAGAAACACAAGAAACACAGUAAGAAGAAGAAAAAGAAGGCUGCUGGUUCAAGUCCUGACUCACCAUGACAUGAAUUAAAAUUGGGGUUCCCUUAUAAAGAAAGUGCAAUGGCUGAGGAAAUUUCAGCUGUGAAAAAUUACAACAUAUUUACUAAAAUGCAUGAAUUUCCUUGUUUUUAAAAUUAUUCCCGGGACUAUUCAGUGGCCACUCAGAUCCGCUGUGUGAAAGGGCAGUGAUUGUUGCCUGCUGCUUGAACAUCUGUUUUUUUCUCUUCCAGUUGAUAACUCUGGGCGAUAAUACACUGCAGUACUAGUGGUUAAGAAUUUGGGAAUAAGAUUAAUAUUUUUGACUACAAGUGUCUAAUGAUAAAUCAACAGAAAUAGAAUCUGGAUAUAUUUCUAAGAUGUAAUCAGAAAUGAUCGGAUGACUCUAGUUAAAACUUUGAAAGUGAGGAUCACGUUCAAAAGGAUAUUUCAAAAUCCUUACUCUGUAAAUAAGUGUGUUUUAAUUUUUUUCCCUUGUAUACUUUUAUUUGCCUGGGGUAGGAGCUUUCAGGGCGGAGGGUGGGUAGUUUGCUAUCUCUUUAGUAGCAGAAUAGUGUGCCUUUGAUCCUCACACAUCUCUAUUUGUGGAUGCAGUAGUCAUGCUUCCCAGGGUGGUCAGAGCCAGUACCAGCAGUCUUGCUCUUUCCUGAGCUGGUGACAUCCUUGAACUUUGUCAUGUGCUGCUUUGAGUGAACUGGAGAAACAGCCCUUUGCAGCAUGAGAAAAACCCCAGAAGCUCUGGGCUUUACCUCCACUCCAAUAAUAUAUAUUUUUUAGCAUUAGAAUGUGUUAUGUCUUUUGAACUAAUUUUUAUGACAUUUUGGCUUUGGAGAGGAAUUGUUUCAAAUAGACACUGGUACUUUUAAAGAUUCUAAAAUGCAUGUUUUAUAUACUGUUACGUUUUAACCAGUUAGGAAAAUUUUAUGUAACCAAUGAUUACUUUACUUUUUGUAUGACUUUUGUUUAGGCUGUAAUGUUUAGCUUUUGUUAAGUCCUUUCUCUUGCUUUCUUAAGUUCGUAAUUGUGU